CGGUUUGUUUUUUCUUUCUUGACAGAUGGCUUGAAUCAAUUAGUAAUGGCUGCCUGCCUGGACUGCGGCAGCCCGGUCUGUGGGAAAGUGUGCCGGGAUUGAUUAGGAAUGUCUGCCAGAGGAUUCCCCGCGAAGAACCAAGUGUUUGCCGCGCCUGGAGUUGGAGACGCCCGAGCUGGCGUUUGGAAUGGCCUUUGAGGUGGCCAGACGGGGACGACUAAGAACAAAGCGAGCGUCUGCAUGGAGCUACGCCGCGGUGAGGGAAGGAGAGAGGGGAGGCAACCAUUGGCACCGCAGGGAAAGCUCCCUGGAGGCGGCAGGGGUGCCCGAGGGAGACGGGGCGGACUGUGGCUGCGGAGGCGCGCGGGGUAGCGGCUCUCGCGGCGGGAGGUCUCCGGCGAGACGCGCCGGCGGAUGCGGAGCGCGCGGGCUCUGGGAGAAAAGACGCUCUGAAGUCAAAUCCUGACUCAGUCACUCGUUUAAUGCGUGACUCGGGACAGACCAUUCAACCUCUCGGAACCUCCGUUCCCUGACCUGUGAAACGGAGGAGGGUUAUUGGGUUGACUGCCGACUGCUUGCCGCUGCCGCAGUGAACGCAGACUCAGCAGCCCUUGGAGGCCGCGUUGUCCUUGCCGGAAGCCGGGGGUGGCGUCCACUCCGUAGCCUGUGAAAAUGGCGCCCCCAGGGGCGCCGGCGUGAAUGGUUACCUCCUGGCGGUGUGUGACGUCCCGUGUGCCUGGAUGAAGAAACAAGGCCCAGAGAGGUUGAGUCAUUUGCCCAAGUCACACAGCUAGCACACGGCAGAGCAUGUUGGUGAUGUCUUUCCACGUAGUCCCAGGAAGCUGACUCAGCUCCCGGCAUCAAAGGCCCGCACGACAGCAUCCCAGCAAGAGGAAAGCUGUGGACAGGGCAUCACAGAGAAAGAGAGAGAGGAACACUUGCUGGCUUUGCCCUCCCUGGGUACAGUGUCUGAGCAGAGGGAAAGCAUAAUCCCUUCAAGAUGCCGAUGAAGAAGCACAGGAGAAAAGACUCCGAAAAUUCCCAGGAACCUUCGGAGAAGACCAAAGAGCAGCUGGCGGAGGUGGAGCUUCAGAAGCUGAGGCAGCAGUUCCGGAAGAUGGUGGACAGUCGGAAGUCCUUUAACUUCCGCUCUCAGCAGGAGAUCAUGAACCAGCACAAGGAGAUCAAGACCCUGCAGGAGGAGCAGGAUGAGAUCACUCUGCUUUUGAAUCUCAUCAAGUCCUCCAGGAACUUGGAUCUGAAUGAGAAAAACUACAUGGAGCUGCGUCUUCUGCUGCAAACCAAGGAGGACUAUGAGGCCCUGAUUAAAUCAAUGAAAAUGCUGUUGGCUGAACUGGAUGAGAAGAUUGUUCAGAUGGAAAAAAAAAUUAUAAACCAAAAACAAAUAUUCGCAAAAAUGCAGGAGGCCAAUAACCCUCGGAAACUGCGAAAACAGAUCCACAUUUUGGAAACCCGUUUGAAUCUUGUCACUGUACACUUUGACAAGUUGCUGACCACCAACGCUAGGCUCCGGAAGGAGAUUGAGGACCUGCAGUAUGAGAAGGCUGCUUAUGACAACGUCUACCAGCAGCUCCAUUGGCGCCUGUUGAUGCAGAAGAAAACAAUGAAUGUGGCCAUUGAGCAGUCUGCGCAGGCCUACGACCAGAGGCUGGAAGCCAUGGCUCGAAUGGCGGCCAUGAAGGACCGCCAGCAGAAGGACAUCUCUCAGUACAACCUGGAGAUCCGAGAGCUGGAGCGUCUCUAUGCUCACAAAACCAAGCUCAAGUCCUUCCUGCUCAUCAAGCUGAAUGAUCGUACUGAGUUUGAGGAACAGGCCGAAGAGGAAGAAGCUCUCAAGACAAAGCAGCAAGGGAAGAAGAACAAGAGCGAGAGUUUUGAGAGCUACGAGGUGGCUCACCUCCGGCUGCUGAAGCUGACGAAGAAUGGGAACCUGAAUCAGCUCAUUGAGGAGUUUCUGGCCAAGGAGGAGAAGAACUUCGCUCGGUUCACGUAUGUCACGGAGCUCAACAACGACAUGGAGAUGAUGCACAAGAAGACGGAGAGGAUCCAGAAUGAGAUCAUCCAGUUGCGAUCCCAGCAGAAAUCGUCCCAUGAUGACAACCACUCCAUCCUGACAGAGCUGGAGGAGAAGCUAAAGAAGACCAAGGAGGAGGCAGAUUUGUACGAGAACAACUACAAGGAGAUCAGCAAGACCUUGGAGUAUCUCAAGAACUCGGUGGAGAAUCUGUUUAAGAAGAUAGAUUGUGAUGCCACCAAGAUCCUGGUGCAGUUAGGGGAGAUGGGGAAAAUCACAGAUACCAACCUCCCGCAGUACCUCGCCAUCAUUGAAAAGAAGACCAAUGACCUGCUGCUGUUAGAAUCCUACAAGCGGAUCCUGGAUAUGGAAGUGGCAGAGGCCGAUAUCCCGCCACCCUUCAUCAACCCCUUCUGGGGCGGCUCCGCCCUCCUCAAGCUUGCAGAACCCAUCAAGGUCACCCCCCCGGUGCUCGGGGCUGACCCCUUUAGUGACAAGUUGGAUGAAGGUGAGUUCUCUUUCUCCCCGGAUCUGCGCAAGUUGCUAGGAAGCGUGUGCAGGAGAGGGUCCGCGGUGCCAAGCCCCAGUUUCCCCUUCUUUCUGAGCCUCCUGGGCCCAUCAGGUCCACUGGGUAACACCUCGGUUGUCGCCAAAUGGAUAUGUCACUGAACCAGGUUUCGUGUUUCGCGAUGUGUGGCAAGCCAGAUGCUGAGAUGCCGAGGUUUGCAGCGCAGAGAAGGGUUAUUCGCGAGGCAGCCAAGCAAGGAGAGGAGGUGGGAGAACAAAUCUCAACUCCCGCCUCCCCAAAAGCAAGGCGCUCGGGGUACUUACAGAAUAAAGAAAAAAAGAAGGGUGGUCUGCGGCGUGGGGAGCGCGGGAAGCAGUGAUUGGGAAAAGGUGCGGUGAUCAUUGGUCUGUGCACUGGCUUAACUCAGCUACAGUGCUCUGCACGUUCAAGAGGUCACCGAGUCUCCCUCGUGCAUGCCCAGUUGAAGGGUCGCUGUUUCCAUCCAGUGUUAACCAGCCUAGCUGGAGCUAGACAUUGCUGACUCCUGGCUCAGCUGAAGUGGAUGCAGCUGACUCCAAGUUCUUGGGAAACAGCUCAGGCAGACAUCUUAUUGUCUAGGCUACCUGCAGUUUGGAGAACAACCCAGUCUUUUGCAGCAAUAAUUAAAGCAACCUUGAUUAGUGAUGGCACGUUACAGGUGAAAUGGAUUUAACUAAAGAUUAUCCACAGUUUCAGUUACACACCUUGAGUCUAUAGUCUUUCUUGUGGAGGUGGGUCCUUCAGAGAAAAAUUUAUUCGAGGGUCAAAGGUGAAAGUGGGAGGAUGGUGGAACUGGAAACGACUGAAAUGCUCACCCAGUAGAGUGGUUAAAUAAGUUACAGUUCACCCAUCCAUGGAUGGAAUACUAUGCAACCAUUAAAAAGAAUGCAAUAGGGUGUUAUAAACCGACACACGUAUGUAUGGCAUGUAGUGGCCAGGAAUGCUGCUAAAAAUCCUGCAAUGCACAGGACAGCCCUUCACA